CCUCCACCCAUCACUUAUCUUCCCCUCAGGAUGUGACAUGCUCGGCGAAAUCCUGGAGACAUCUGCAAAGGAACCUUUGAACCCACUUGAAGCUUGAUGGUCUCGUACCAUGGCCUCCGACUCCACGCCCAACACCGACCUCCAUCCGGGGGUCCGCAACGCUCUCCGCAUUUCCCUCAGCGCCAAGGAGUACCGUCUGCUCCACGAAUACGCCAUCCGGCGCACCCCGUCAGCUAUUCAGAACAAGCUGCCUACACCCUCAAGGUUCGAGGCGAUUGUUCGCUCCAAAUACAAAUACAAUGAUGCCGCAGUCCGGGCCUCCUUGCGGGUCUUUCUCCUCUCCAGCUCCCUGUUGAAGCUCGUUGACGUCGUGGUGGGGAGGAUCCGCGGCGACCUAUCCACAAAGAAAGCACCGCGCACGUCUUUUGUCCGCUCGCCGAACUUUCGUCUCUCGGCCUCUCUCUCGCUCAUUCUCCUCUUCCACCGCUUCCUCUAUCGCUUCUUCGUUCGGUUGCGAGCGAACCUCCGUACCGAUGACGCGCGACCCUUCCGCGACCGUAACCCGCGCAUCUCCAAGGCAUUGACCUCGCGCUGUGCGCCCGCUGUCGGAGCCAGUAUUGCCGGGUUUGCGCUGGGGAUUUGUCCGCAGAAUCAGCUCCGACUUUCAGCGGCCAUUUACACGGCGACUCGCAGUCUGGAGUUUCUAUUCAACUCGCUGGAUGAGAAAGGAUGGUUUGAGAACCGUCCUCGGUGGUUUGGAAGUUGGUUGUUGAUGCCGGUUGCGUGCGCGCAGCUCUUCCAUGCUUUUGUCUUUGACCGGGAGACGACACCGAAGUGGUUUGGAAAUGUGGUCUUGAGGCUCUCCCCGAGCUAUGUGCGUGAUCGGCCUGAUUCUUUGCCGUUGAAUGUUCCUUGGCCGGGGAAGGAAAGCGUGGUGGAUUCGCUGGCUAAUAUCGCUAAUCUACGGUGGCCAGCGUUUGCCUCCCCUAUCUUACAUCCCGGAAGCCCUAACCCUUUGCCGUCUUCACUGACGUCCAUUUCACCCAUCACGGGUCCUGCCCACCCGGCUAUAUCCAGCCUGUCGUGCGCAUUGCUCCACCCCAGCAGCCCCAGCUGUGGGACCGCAUUCCUACACCACAUCCUUCUCUCAGUUCCACCUCUUGCCCGGUUCUUGACCACUGUCACUCUGGCACUCUCUCUGCGGAAUAUCAAGAGCUUGGUGUCCGAACCCAUCACGUCGAUCAACAAACUCUCCAAACAAAUCAUCACUUUAACAGCCAUCCUCUCUGCCGCCGUCGGCUCCGCAUGGGGCAGCCUCUGCCUUUGGAAUUCUCUGCUACCACGUUCCGUCCUCCCCCAGAAACGGUUCUUCCUCAGCGGUGCACUUGCGGGUCUUCCAUUCGCCUUUCUUGGAAACAGCCGCAGCAUCUUCAUGUACUUCUUCCGAGCCGCCGUGGACUCCGCCUGGAAGACAAAUGUCAAGCGCGGAUUGUGGAAAGGCUGGAAAGGCGGCGACCUGUGCAUCGUUGUCCUGGCAUGGGCGCUCAUGGGUGCUAUUCUGGAAAGUCGACCCUCCGCUGUCCAGGGCAAGAGCGUGAGGAAGGCUUUGGCCUGGAUGAAAGGGGAUGGGUUCAUCGACCCGGUUGAUGCUGCUGCGAGGAAAAGGGCCAAGAAAGCGGCCGCGCAGAAGAGACCGGAGAAUGAAUGAGUGAAUAAUGCAUGGCAUUCAUGAAAUAUUGCCACUUGUCGUUUUUCAUACUGGGAUUUGCCGUCGGUACAGGUUUACUGAUAUCGUCUUUUACUGUAUCAUUCAUCUCGUGCUCAUACCUGGUAACUCGAUCUUUACAGCGGCGGGUGGGUGGAGUUUGUAAUUAGGAAUUACCUAUCUG